AUUCGCAAUGCUUACUCUCCUGGUUAGAAUCAGAAACUCAAAGCCUCUCUGUCCGGAAAUGCUUUCUUCCUUCGCUUCCCGCCGUUUCCCUCCGUCUAUUUUCUCCUUCUCCGACGUGUUUCUUCCGGCGGCGGCCAUAUUAUUUUCCACCAAAACAACCAAUCCCAUUUCGGAGUUCGGUUUCAAUUUCAACACCCCGGAGGAUCGUCCGACACAGACUAAUUUCGACCCUCCUACAGUUCGCGAGGCACUCGAUUCUUAUUGCAAUGAUUGGAGGCGCUCGUACGAGUUUUUCAACUGGGUUGAAUCAGAAUGUAAGUUCGAUCACACCACCGAGACCUACAAUCGCAUGCUGGACAUUCUCGGUAAGUUCUUCGAAUUCGACCUUUCUUGGGAAUUGAUUCAACGUAUGCUACAAUCCCCGUUUGCUUCACCGGAUCAUGCGACGUUUCGAAUUAUGUUUAAGCGCUAUGCAUCGGCACAUUUAGUUAGUGAGGCAAUUGCUGCUUAUGAGAGAUUGCGGGAGUUUAAAUUGAGAGACGAAACUUCGUUUUGUAAUCUUAUUGAUUCCCUUUGUGAGUAUAGACAUGUUGUUGAAGCUCAGGAUUUGUGUUUUGGGAAGAACAGGAAGUUGAAUUGUGAUGCGAGUACGAAGAUUCAUAACUUAAUUCUUCGUGGUUGGCUUAAAAUGGGGUGGUGGAGCAAAUGUAGAGAGUUUUGGGAAGAGAUGGAUAAGAAGGGUGUUCGUAAGGAUUUGCAUUCGUAUUCCAUUUACAUGGACAUACAGUGCAAGAGUGGGAAGCCAUGGAAGGCUGUUAAAUUGUACAAGGAGAUGAAAAAGAAGGGAAUGAAACUAGAUGUAGUAGCGUAUAAUACAGUGAUUCAUGCCAUUGGGAUAUCAGAAGGUGUUGAUUUUGCCAGCCGGGUGUUUCACGAGAUGAAGGAAAUGGGAUGUAAGCCUAACGUUGUAACUUGCAAUACUAUUAUUAAGCUAUUCUGUGAGAAUGGUAGAUUCAAGGAUGCCCAUAUGAUGCUCGAUCAAAUGCUUAAGAAGGAUUGUCUGCCUAAUGUCAUCACGUAUCAUUGUUUUUUUCGGUCUCUCGAAAAGCCGAAGGAGAUUCUUAUGUUAUUUGAUAGGAUGAUUAAAUAUGGGGUUCAACCAAAGAUGGAUACUUAUGUGAUGCUCAUGAGGAAGUUCGGAAGAUGGGGGUUUCUAAGACCAGUGUUUGUAGUGUGGAAUAAGAUGGAGGAACUUGGGUGUAGCCCAGAUGAGUCUGCUUACAAUUCUUUAAUUGAUGCUCUUGUGGAGAAGGGCAUGAUAGAUAUGGCUAGGAAGUACGACGAAGAGAUGGUAGCGAAAGGUCUUUCGCCUAAGCUGAGAGCGGAAUUGGGGACGAAGAUGGUGAAUGGUGGCUAUCAUGCCAAUGUGAACUGCAACAAGUAGGCAGUAUAUGCACUUCUUGGUGCUUGUAGACAUAUUUGAUCUUGGGACAUACUAUUACCCAGAUUCAGAUGUUGCAAAAAAAAGUUAAGGUGAACUUGUUGAACUUCGAUCUGGACGAAUCUGUUAUACAGAAGUUUGAGCGGAGAGGCGAUUAGAGCAAAUGGCUAUCACGAUGUCCGGAUGAGUUUCCACUCUAGUUCUUGAAGCAGUCUGCAGAUGAUCUCUAAGAUUCUUCAUGAAGGUAUCAAAUUAUGAAAAAUACCAAGGUGUAGCUUGGGAGCCUACCCUCUUUUUGCAACCACAAUUUGUCAUAUGACGAACUCUUUUUAUUAGCUUUCUUCCCUGAUGAUGGUUGGUGUGGGCUGCAAAAAGACGAGCGCAACCUGGUAUGCGCCCGAGUAUUGCUCUCAAGUUAUUGAAUCAUCGACCUAUGCCUCAAGAUGACAAACAUCACCAAGACGAGGGACAGUAAGUAAACUAUUAAUAUGUUACUUUUGUUCUUCAUAUUCUCCUUAGAAUACUUUACUUUUGCUACAUCAGGAAACAGACCCAUGUUUCUAUUAAAGUUAUGAUAAAAGGGAACGGGCUCAGG